AUGGGCCGCAGAUCCUCCUGCUGUGGUGCGUCUGUGCUGGAGGUGGUGCUGUCCGUCCUCUUCAUCCUCAUGACGCUGGUUUGUGCCACGCUCAUCGCUCUGAUCGUCACUGGGAAAACAACCUCAGGUCCUGAACCAACCUCUGACCCCGGUCCAGUUCCGACCUCUGACCCCGGUCCAGUUCCGACCUCUGACACCGGUCCAGAACCUCCACACAAACCUUAUUUGAUCGGAGUGGGCCGAGCCGACUGCACCGGACCACCGGCUGAGAUCCCCCUGAUGGGUUAUGCUAACCCUCAGCAGACGGCUGCAGGCAUACACACUCGUCUCUACAGCAGAGCCUUCAUCGUGGACGACGGCAGAACCAGAGUGGUGUUCGUCAGCGCAGACGUGGGGAUGGUGUCCCAGAGACUGAGACUGGAGGUGCUUCAGGCCCUUCAGGUCAAAUACGGGGCUCUGUACCGUCAGGAUAACGUGGUCCUCAGUGGGACCCACACCCACGCCGGACCGGCUGGAUACUUCCAGUACACGCUGUUCAUGAUCAGCAGUAAAGGAUAUAUCCCAUCAGCCACUGCUCCGCUGGUGGACGGCAUCGUCAAGAGUAUAGACAUAGCCCAUCGGAACAUGAAACCAGGACGGAUCUACAGGAACAGAGGAGAUUUGGAUGGAAGCAGCCGGAACCGAAGUCCACACUCGUACCUGAACAACCCAGAGGACGAACGACACCGGUACAAGGAGAACACUGACAAACAGGUGUUGGUGUUGAAGUUCACCGACAUGGACGGAGACGGUCUGGGCAUGCUCAGCUGGUUCGCUGUCCACGCCGUCAGCAUGAACUACACCAACCGCAUGGUGAGCAGCGACAACAUGGGCUACGCCUCCUACCUGCUGGAGAAGGACAAGAACGUAGGUGCUCUACCUGGACAGGGUUCCUUCGUCGCUGGGUUCUCCUCCUCUAACCUCGGUGAUGUCAGUCCAAACACUCAAGGUCCAGUUUGUGUCAACAGCGGUCUGUCCUGUGACUACCUGAACAGCUCCUGUCCAGUGGGCGGGUCUAAGGUGUGCCAGGCCUUUGGACCGGGUCAGGACAUGUUUGACUCCACCAGGAUCAUCGGAGAAAACAUCUACAGGAAGGCCAAGGAGCUGUAUGCUAGUGCGUCUCAGGAGGUGACAGGUCGUCUGUUCAGUUCUCAUCAGUGGGUGGAUAUGAGCAACGUGACUGUGGACAACGGAACACACACGGUCAGUACGUGUAAACCGGCUCUGGGCCACAGCUUCGCUGCCGGAACCACAGAUGGGGGCGGAGACUUGAACUUCACUCAGGGUGCCGUGGACGGAGACCCGUUCUGGGAUGGGAUCCGAGACGCUCUGCUGGGAGAACCGUCCAAUCAGACGCAAGAGUGUCACCGACCCAAACCCAUCCUGUUCAGCACCGGAGAGAUGAACUGGCCGGUGCCGUGGCAUCCUCGCAUCGUAGACGUUCAGAUCCUCAUGAUCGGAUCGGUGGCGGUCGUAGCUGUUCCCGGAGAAAUGACGACCAUGGCAGGGCGGAGACUGAGAGAUGCCGUCAAACAGGAGCUGCAGCCCAAUGGUGCGUUCAGGGACACAGAGGUGGUGAUCGCCGGCCUCAGUAACGUCUACACUCAUUACAUCACCACCUACGAGGAGUACCAGGUCCAGAGGUACGAGGGAGCCUCCACCAUCUAUGGCCCGCACACGCUCAGUGCAUACCUGCUCAAGUACAGAGGCCUGGCCAGAGCCAUCGCACAGGACAGGGUUCCAGAUCUGCCUCCUGGUCCUUCUCCUCCGUUCUUCGAUAAUCUGUUUAAUCUGCUCCAAGCUGCUCCUGCCGACAGGAAACCAGACAACAGCAGCUUUGGAGACGUCCUGCAGGAGGUCUACCCCAUCUACAGACAGGGCGACGUGGUGUCAGUCACCUUCGUGGCAGGAAACCCUCGUCAUUCAGGCGACGUGAGGGAUCGGACCUUCGUUACCGUGGAGCUCUAUGACAACAGGACCGACAGCUGGGAGGUGGUGCACACAGAUGCAUCAUGGGAAACCAGGUUUCAUUGGCUGAAGGGUGCGAACCGUCAGAGCAAGGCCACCAUCCAGUGGUUCAUUCCCGAGGCCACGCCCACCGGCACCUACAGGAUCCAACACUUCGGACACUACAAACACAUCAAGAACUUCAAACCCGUCAUCACGCCGUACCAAGGCACAUCCGCCGCCUUCAGGGUCACAGCCAGCUUUUACUAUCAUAAACAGUUGUUCAACGCUAAACUGGGACUGGAUCAGGACUACAACACCAGGACUACAACACCAGGACUACAACAACAGGACUACAACACCAGGACAACAACAACAGGACUACAACAGGACUACAACACCAGGACUACAACAGGACUACAACACCAGGACUACAACAACAGGACUACAACACCAGGACUACAACAGGACUACAACACCAGGACUACAACAACAGGACUACAACACCAGGACUACAACAGGACUACAACACCAGGACUACAACACCAGGACUACACCAGGACUACAACACCAGGACUACAACACCAGGACUACAACACCAGGACUACAACAACAGGACUACAACAGGACUACACCAGGACUACAACACCAGGACUACAACACCAGGAUUACAACGACAGGACUACAACACCAGGACUACAACACCAGGACUGCAACUCCCAGGACUACAACAACAGGACUACAACAACAGGACAACGACAACAGGACUACAAUAUCAGGACUACAACAACAGGACAACAACAGGACUACAACAACAGGACAACGACAACAGGACUACAAUAUCAGGACUACAACAACAGGACAACAACAGGACUACAACAACAGGACUACAACACCAGGACUACAACAACAGGACUACAACAACAGGACUACAACACCAGGACUACAACAACAGGACAACGACAACAGGACUACAAUAUCAGGACUACAACAACAGGACAACAACAGGACUACAACAACAGGACAACGACAACAGGACUACAAUAUCAGGACUACAACAACAGGACAACAACAGGACUACAACAACAGGACAACGACAACAGGACUACAAUAUCAGGACUACAACAACAGGACAACAACAGGACUACAACAACAGGACAACAACAACAGGACAACAACAGGACUACAAUAUCAGGACUACAACAACAGGACUACAACAGGACUACAACAACAGGACAACACCAGGACUACAACAUGAGGACUACAACAACAGGACAACAACAGGACUACAACAACAGGACUACAGGAUCAGGACUACAACAACAGGACUACACGAUCAGGACUACAACAACAGGACUACACGAUCAGGACUACAACAACAGGACUACAACCCCCAGAAGUCUUAGCGACAAUGACGACGUCCCAAAUCCUCAAACCCUCCACGUUUGGGACUCAAGUUAA